GCCGCGUCAUCGUUAUAACGGCGUCACAAGGCUCCGCUCCUGCAUUGCAGCUUUCGCCGAGUUACAGUCGACAACAGCUGAAACAUACGAGCCCAAAACAGCGCCGUCAUGCUGCUACUAACUCUGCUCUUCGUGUCCUCGGCCGUGGCAACCCCUCUGCUCGGCACUGAGCAGUGUGCUCGUGGCCCCCCCUACUGGUGUCAAAAUGUAAAGACAGCCUCUCAGUGUGGAGCUGUGACUCACUGCCAGACAAAUGUGUGGAACCAGCCCCAGAUGAAAUCGGUGCCAUGUGACCUCUGUAAAGAGGUAUUGAUGGUGGUGGAGCAACUGCUGAAGGACAAUGCAACUGAGGCUGACAUUCUGAGGUACCUGGAGAAGGCCUGCCAGCUCAUCCCUGAUCAAAGUUUGACUGAAGAAUGCAAAGAGAUGGUUGAUAGCUACUACCCCAUCAUCAUUGGGAUUAUCACUGGGGAACUGGAUGAUCCUGGUGUGGUGUGUUCAGCCAUGGGCCUGUGUAAGUCCCAGCAGGCCUCUCUGGCCCAGGUUCACGCCCAGGAGCAGCUCGUGUCCAAUGAAGUACCUCAGGUCGACCUCGCCCAGCAAGUGUCUCCCUUUCUCCUCAAUGUGCCCGGGCUGCUGUAUCCUCAGGAAAACCUCAAGCAGGAGCCCCCCAAACAGGAAACUCAGGGAGGUGAGGAGGUGUGCCAGGACUGCAUCAAGUUUCUGACUGAUGCUCAAGCAGAAGCCAAGGCCAACUCCACCUUUGUCAAUGCUUUAAUUCAGAAUAUUGAGAGCCAGUGUGACCUGUUGGGACCAGGCUUGUCUGAUAUGUGCAAGCAGUAUGUUGGCCAGUAUGGGACCCUUGUUGUCCAGCAGCUCAUGUCCAUGCAACCCAAGGAAAUCUGCACCAUGGCCGGUUUCUGUUCCGGUAUGAAGAAGUCUGUUCCCAUGCUGUCGCUGAUUCCUGCCAAGACUGUCCCCGCAUCCAAAGCUGUACCUGCAUCAAAGCUCAUCCCUGCCUCCAAGCUCUUCCCUGCUCUAAAAGCAGAAUCUGCCGCUGCCAAACCCCUGGUGCGUGUCCGUGACUCCCCAGGAUGUGCCAUCUGUGAGUUUGUGAUGAAACAGCUGGAGUCUAUGCUGCAGGAUCAAUCAACAGAGGAGGAGGUUAUUGCCGCUGUGGAGAAGGUUUGCACAGUUCUGCCGUCCUCCCUGACUGCUCAGUGCAAGGACUUGAUCGAGACGUACGGCCAGGCCAUCAUCGAGCUGCUGGUGCAGGAAGCUGAUCCCAAGACUGUCUGCACAGCCCUGGCGCUUUGCAACGGUGCCGGCCGCACUUACGUUGUGGCACUUGACCAGCAUCGUUUCAAGGUGGGAGGCUACUGUGAGGUGUGUAAAAUGGCUGUUAACUACAUGGAUGGCAUCUUGGAGAAGAAUGCUACUGAAGCUGAGAUUGAAGAGGCUGUGAAGAAAGUAUGCAGCUUCCUGCCCGAGUCUUACCAGACACAGUGUGACCAGUUGAUUGAACAGUAUGAGCCAAUGCUGGUCCAGCUGUUGCUCCAGAUGCUUGAUCCAGACUUUGUGUGCAUGAAAUUGGGAGCGUGCCCUGAAGCCGUGAACAAGCUUCUGGGAGCAGAGCAGUGCACAUGGGGACCUCAGUACUGGUGCAAGAACAUGGAAACAGCUAGUCGGUGCAAUGCUGUGGCUCACUGCCAGCGUCAUGUGUGGGUAUAAAGGAUUCCAACAAACUGACCUGUAGGGAAUAAAAAUGAAUACUGUAGUGCUGCUUCCCACUUUUAAUUUCUGUUUUAAUAGGCUCAAACAACUGCAGUGUUUUGAUUAAAUUAACUUUUGAUAUUUUAAAUGUGAUGGUGGAAAGGGACUGGAUUUUUUUUUUUUUUUCUCCCCUCCUUGGUCCUGUGGGAGGGCUCGGGGUAUUGGAUUUGGAGCAGAGGGAGCUAUUACAUGUAUGUGAGCUGAAAUCAAAGCUUCAGUGAUGUUUUUUUGUUUUUUCCUUCCUUUUUUGGUAAUACCCAAGUUGUGUGUUUUUUGUUUUGUUUGGUGUGGGUUGGGAUUUUAUUUUGCUUCUUGGGUGUGGCAAAGGUUCAAACACAAAUCGAGGUUUCAUGUUCAGACUCCACCAUCUUGAUUUGCUUCAUCUCUGGAAGAUCAACUUCCUACCAAAUCAUUGUAUUGACUGGCGUUACCUUUAGAAAUGUGUGACCCCUAAACAAACCCGCAUUUUAUUGAUGUUUUUACGAGCUGAUAAGGAGGUUACCUCCCAUUGUUUGCACUCUUCUUACUGUUUGUAAAUCAAUGUUUCUAAUACACAAAAGUAUCAAAUGUCUGCUUCAAAGUCCUCAGUUGAUCUCUGAACAAUUAAAGUGUUCCAAAACCCCCUUUA